CAAUGGGUACAGGUCAAUGCAGCUACGAAUUCGACAAAAGGCAUCGCCGAGGUGACGUUCCUCGCUUACGAUCGCCACGAAGGCGUCGAGGAGGAUCAGACGUCUAAGGGCUGCGGUUUGAACGCUAAAGGAAUGACUGCGAUUGUUGCUACGUGUGUGGCGAUCGGCCUGAUCGCCUACAUGCUGACAACAUCUUCCGGAAAUCCGGACGCGAGCGCGGAAUCAACCCCAAAUAAUCAGGGUGACAAAGUUGAGGAAAGGUUGCCAAAGUCCGUUUCGCCAGUUGAGUACAGAUUGAAGAUAAUCCCGCAUUUGGAGGAUGGAAAUUUCACCAGCAGUGGGGAACUUUGGAUAACAAUGGAAUUCAAGGAGACUACGAACAAGAUAGUUCUCAAUGCUCGGGAAAUUACGUUUCACCAGGUGGAAAUCGUAUCUUUGGCAAAGGAUAUUGCGGUCACUAAUGUCACGGUGAAAAAUGAUUCCGAGCUUGUUAUCAUCCGGGUGAAUAAGCUAUUGAGAAAGGGCGAAAGUCAUAAGCUGUACAUUCGGUUCAGCGGGAUAUUGAACGACGUUCUGCAAGGAUUUUACAGAAGCAGCUAUGUCGAUUCGGCAACUAAUGAAACCAGAUGGACAGCUACUACUCAGUUCUCGCCAACGUACGCUCGACGUGCCUUUCCGUGCUUUGAUGAGCCUUCGUUCAAAGCUCGAUUCAGGAUAUCUCUUGGUAGGCGAGAGAACAUGACGUCGAUUUCAAACAUGCCGCUCAAAUCGACCCAAGAUAUGCCUAACAUGCCGCAUUUUGUCUGGGACCAUUAUCAACCGAGUUUACCGAUGUCCACGUACCUCGUGGCCUUCAUUGUAACAGACUUUGAUAACGUCCAAGUAAAAGAUUCGUCCCAGCCCGUUUUUCGGCUCUGGUCAAGGCAUGACGUGAUCGAUCAGACCGAGUACAUGUCGAAGAUUGGUCCGAGUAUGUUGCGAUUCUUGGAAGGCUACUUCAACAUCCCAUUUCCGCUUGAUAAGCAGGACAUAGUGGCUUUGCCGGACUUCGGUUACAACGCCAUGGAAAAUUGGGGUCUCAUCACAUUUCGGGAAUCUGCUAUGCUCGUAAACGAGAAGGAGGCAGUUGCCGAAGCCAGGCAAAACGUUGCGAGUGUUGCCGGACACGAGCUGGCCCAUCAAUGGUUCGGAAAUUUAGUCACUCCCGCUUGGUGGUCUGAUCUAUGGUUGAAAGAAGGGUUUGCAACAUUCUUCGGCAACAUGGCAGUUAAUCAUGUGGAACCUACGUGGAGAAUGACCGAUAGCUUGAUCCAGGAUCUUCACGAUGUACUCGUGGGCGACGCGCUGGAAAGCUCUCACCCAAUUUCCGUCGGGCUGAAUCACACCGACCAGAUUACCCAGAUAUUCGAUUCUAUUUCGUACAUCAAAGGCUGCUCGAUCAUUCGCAUGAUGCACCAUUUCCUCGGAGCCGAAGUAUUUCGGAUGGGAAUACAGAGGUACUUGAGAACUUACUCGUAUCGCAAUGCCGAGCAGGAUGUUCUCUGGGAGGCUCUGACUUACGAGGCCCGUUUGAGCGAAAAUCCGGUCACUUACAUCACUGUCAAAAAUGUCAUGGACACUUGGACCUUGCAAACGGGUUACCCUGUUUUACAAGUACAGAGGAAUUACAAGACUGGAACAGUCACCGUGUUUCAAGAGCGAUUCUGCUGGGCAAUUGCCGGCUGUCAGGAUAGCACGGAAUCCUGGUGGAUUCCCUUGACUUGGACCACCCAAUCGAAUCCAAGAUACAACGAUACGAUGCCCAAAGCGUGGCUUUGGAAUCCUACUUUGGAAUUAAACGACACGGUACCUGACGAUCAGUGGAUUUUGUUCAAUCUUGGUCAAACGGGUUACUAUCGCGUCAAUUACGACGAUAGAAACUGGAAGCAGCUUGCACAGUCCUUUGAAACGCUGCCGCCGGUAAUUAGAUCACAACUGAUCGACGAUUCGCUCGCGGCUUCUCGAGCGGGUAAUUUGCGGUACAAAAUAGCGAUUGAUCUUAUCAGUAGAUUGGAAAAUGAGACAGAUUUUUUGGUCUGGAAUGCUGCGCUGAACCAACUGGAAUACAUACAUGACAAGAUGCACGACGACGCGGACUAUAAUAAAUUUAUGCUGCGACUUGGGAGAAAAAUCUUUGAGACAAUCGGUACGGUGGAAAAGCAGAACGACGGACAUCGCGAGAGACGAUGGCGAGGAAAAAUAAUGAAAUGGGCUUGCAUAGUCGGUCACGAAGAAUGCCGACAACGUGCGCAUCAAUUUUUGAAAAAUUGGAUUGAAAUGCCACCGGCGAAAGAAAAUCCAGUUCCGGCUAAUUUGAGAAGCUGGGUAUAUUGUACGGGAUUAAAACACGGGGGUAAGAGUGAAUGGAAUUUUUUGUGGAAUCAAUAUCUCAAAACGACUUCCGGAUCGGAAAAGACAGCGUUACUGGAAGCCCUGGGAUGCAUAACUGAUGAUGCUAUCCUCCUCAGCUAUUUGGAAAAAUCAAUUUCAAAAAAUUCUGGUGUACGGAAACAAGACGGUUGGUGGGUUUUUCGUUCUGUCGCUGGAAAUCCGAUUGGCAAAGACAUCGCUUUUCGUUUUCUUAGAGAAAACUGGGUUGCCCUUAACGAGUACUACGGCUCCGGUUUCUCAGCAGUAGCAAAAAUGGUGACGGCACUACCAAGAUACAUGAAUUCCGAAAUUGACCUGAAGGAGUUGGAGACUUUUAAAGAUUCCGUAAAGUUGGGCGUUACCAGCACUGCUUUCGAACAAGCGAUUGAGCAGGUAAAGAUUAACGAGGCUUGGACUACAAACUACAAGAAACAGAUCCAAGAUAUUUUGAAAGAAAUCUGAGAAAUAAAAUGAUCGAAGUCCCAUCUCACCUGCAGACGGCGCCUUCGUUACGACGUAGUUUACAGUUCUUAUCGCAACAAGAAUCAUUGUCUUCUGUACCCAAAAGACCUGCGUCACACUCCUCAUCGCCCUCUACUCUCAAAUUUCCACAGAACGAUUCUUCUGGUUCAGAGAAGCAUCGGCCGGACUUUGCUUGCAGUACUUUUCUGAUUGAGCGUAAA